AUGCGAGCGAAUGCCAAUGCGCAGGGCAGCAACACAGGAGCAGAUCCAUUUAGCAGCCUGUCGCCAGAGCACGAGAAGGUGCUGAAAGAUUUAUGGGCUCGGCUCUUGGAUGUAUUUGCCCAGAACCAUGAGCGAUCAGAUGAGCUCGAUCGACUAGGAGGGCCACACACCGCUCGCACAGGACAAGAGCUCACAGCGAAUUCAGAUUCUAAAGAUUCGGGGAAAAAACACAAGGAAUCCCAGCAAGUCCAAGAAUAUCGGGCUGUGAAUGACGCUAUCCGCAAAUAUGGUGGCAGACAUCUACAGCAGAUGUUUUGGCGCACGGUCAUGAUGGAUGCACCGGAUCACUUGAUGCUCCGGUUCUUACGUGCGCGUGACUUUAAUGUCAACAGCGCGCUUGGAAUGCUUGUAGGAGCACUGCAGUUUCGGCUGGAUGUGGGUGUGGAUGAGCUCAUCUAUCAGGGUGAGCUCGGACUCCGGAAUGUCAAAGGGUUCCUGGAACAGUACCGUAACCGCAUCUCAUACAUUGAGGGAAGCACAGACCAGCACGAGAUGCCGAUUUACUUUAUUCAUGUGGCGCGCCAUUUUACGAAUGCGCAGCCGCUCGAAACGAUGCAGAAGUUCUUGAUUCUUGCCUUGGAGAAUACACGCCUUUUGUGCACGCCACCGAUGGAGAAGUCGAUCCUUGUGUUUGAUUUGCAAGGAUUCGGCUUGAAGAAUGCCGACUGGCACACAAUUUUUUUCAUUGUCAAAUGUCUUGAGGCGUAUUAUCCAGAGUCCAUUCAGCGUCUGUACAUUCAUUGUGCACCCUGGAUUUUCCGUGGCAUUUGGUCCGCGCUGCAACCCAUGUUGAACGCCAAUGUACAGUCAAAGAUCAAAUUUACCACCAGUGUGAAGGAGCUAGAAGAAACGAUCCCUCGUUCACACCUUCGAGCUGAUAUGGGUGGCACCAUUCAGGGCGAAUGGAAGUACGUUGAGCCAGAGGAGAAUGAGAAUGACCUUCUGAAAGACACCGAGACACGGGAUCUCAUCCAAAAAGAGUUUAUAUGCUUGCAAGACAAGUUUGAAGAAGCAACGCGCCACUGGUUGGACGGUGCUCCGGACGCAUCUCACAGACGCGACGUGUUGACGAGACAGUUGCGUCUCAAAUACUACCAACUUGCCCCAUACGUUCGUGCUAGGACCGUGUAUCAUCGGAAGGGUAUCUUGCGCAAUGACUUCCUCAUUCACUGGGAAUAUCCCCAAAUGAACGGCAACAUUUUGACACAGGAUGUCAAUGUGAGCGACAAUGUGCCCGCAUUGAUCCAAUGGCUUCGCGAGCACAACGAAGAUACGCUUGAGAACUCGAUCGGCGGUACGAAGAGUCCCUGUGCUGUCGCUCCACACUCAUAUUCAGCACUAGAUGCCGUACAUGCGAUCAAGGCCGAUCAAGGCGCAGGAGAACAUGCUCGUACUGCCGAGAACAGCGCUUCGGCCAGUGAUGGCAAUCGCAAAGAUUCUCAAAACGAUGCAACAGCAAGUGCCUCAUCAGCUGGUGCAGCUGGUGCAGCUGGUAUGGGCAACUUGGCUCACAAUGAAGCCGAUACUCCAGACUCCCACAAGAGAAACUCUAUUCACCGCAAGCCGGUGCCCGCGAUGAACCAAGGCACAGAAGAAACGACGUCAUCAGAGCAUGCACAAUCCCACACGGUGCAGUCUCCGUACCAGCCGCUGGAUGGAUCACGUGGCCAGACUGGCCUCCACGAUGACGUACGGCAGUUGAACCUGAAUGCGGAACACGAAGUAGGCGUGCAGAGCGCUUCAGACGAGGCUUCCUCUGUGCCUUUGGCGAAGCGAAACGAUCUUGAGCCAAGCGAUGCUUCAGCUAGUCGCGAAUCUGUCGCCAGUAGUCCCACAGGAGCCGGAGCGAUGGCUGCUACUGCUAAAGUGGCAGCUGCCGCCACAGUUGGAGCAGCAGCGGGUGCAACAACAGCUGGAGCAGGUGCAGCUGCUGUGGCUGGGGCAAGUCUCGUUGCAGGCACUCUUGGAGCUGUUGGCACAGUUGGAACCACGGGGGCUGCGAUGUGGAGAGACAACAAUCAAGCUGUCUGA